UUCGAUAGUCGUCCGCAGUUCUCGGAAUGAAGAGAUAAGCUUUCAUCAUUACAGCAGCAAAUUAAAGAAAAAAAUCUUGAUUAAUUAAUUAAUUAAAAUUCAUGAAUAAUGACGUGGGUUAGCAGUUUCGAGGGCUCAUCAAUUUCUCCUGCCAUCGGUGCUCUAAUCGCAACUGUUGUGAUUGUGGUGGGAUUGCGAUGGUGGAGUCGCGAAUUUUGGAAAGAGAAGUCACGAAUUUCGAAAUUCGCUAUGACGUUACCUGGACCGGCGCGAUUACCGAUUCUCGGAAAUAUUUUGGAGUUGUGGGAGACUGAUAAGACUGUGAAUACUCUCACGAGAAUCGGUCAGGAGAUAAACUCUAGACUGUACCAAUUUUGGUUGGGACCUACUGUCGUCAAGAUCAUCGUCACUGACCCCAAAGAUCUUGAGAUUGCGUACAUGUCCACAAAGGCUGCGGACAAGGAUGAUGUUUAUAAAUUUAUGGAACCGGCUGUGAUAAACGGUCUCAUUAAUGCACCAGGUUCUUUACACUACCGAACCCACAAGAACUUAAUGAUGCCACAGAUAAAUGGUAAUUCAGUAAUGAGAAAACAUGUCGAAGAGUUUAAUAAUCAGUCGCAAAUACUUGUGCAACAACUGAAGAAGAAAGUAGACGCCCAACAGUUCGAUAUUCACGACUACAUUAAUUUUUGUUUGGGUGACGCCGUCUUUGUUACAUUAUUCGGAGUUCCAGGAACAGCUCAAUUGGGAGAACCCAGUAUAUUCCUCUUGCUGACUCAAACAUGUUUGCAUUCAGUAUAUUAUAGAAUGAUGAGGCCCUGGCUGGCCCCGAAUAUAUUGUUUCGUCUGACCCAACGGGGGAGAGACUACUUUAGAGUCGUAAAAGAGGGUCACCAGUAUCUCGAUGACAUAAUUGCUGAUAAGAAACGGAAUUACGAGAGACGAAGUCCAGAGGAAACAGCAGAACUUCCGCUCCUAGAUUUUUUGAUAGAUCACGUGAUGAUUAAUAAUGAUUGGACUGAUGAAGAACUUCGCUAUGAAAUGGUCACUAUCUUCGUCGCCUCGUACGAGACGAUGACAGGGGUUGCCUGCUUUGCCUUAUUGAUGAUAGCGAUGCACCCGGAGGUUCAAAGAAAAGCCAGAGAAGAGGUGGAGAAUGUGAUGAGGUGUGAUAACAUUAGCGAGUCCGAAAUUGCAAAUUUGAAGUACUUGGAGAUGAUCGUUAGAGAGACCGUUAGACUUUUUCCAGUCGCACCGCUGAUGCCCCGGAAGGUCAACGCCGAUUUGAAACUGAGUACCUGCACGGUUCCGAAGGGCACAUCCCUAUUUCUCCUUCCAUACGCAACCCACAUGGAUCCAGAACUCUGGGACGAACCGAAAAAAUUCAUCCCCGAGCGUUUCACCCCUGAAAAUUCAAAGAACCGUCAUCCCUUCGCGUACAUCCCCUUCAGUGGAGGUAUGCGAAGUUGCCCUGGCUCCAAGUACGGAGCAGUCGGCGUCAAGGUCCUCCUGGCGCAUGUCCUGAGAAAUUAUCACUUGAGCACGACCAUGAAACUCGAAACACUGCGGGUUCAUAAUCACAUUUCCGCGAGGAGCGUCGACGGUUAUCAAAUUUCUCUGAAAUCAGUAAAUUAAUUUUAUAUGAAGUUCAUAAAUAAUUGAAAUUAUCAAUCUCUGAAGUGACGAAUUAUUGAUAAUUAUUAUUGAGAAUUUUUUCAAUUUCAUGUUGUACGUAAAAAUGAGAAAAUAAAAAAAUAUCAAGAAAA